ACUUAGGAGAGUCUGACUCGAAUGCUGUAACUUCCGGUGUGGUCUUUCUUUACAGUUCGUAAAGUUCACGCUUAUGGAAGCAGGCAAGGUUCCGGGAGGAGAUUGUGCUUGAGACGUCCACGUUUCCACUCACACUUGGGUGGAAUAAUUAGAGCUGAUAAUGGGAAGACUGGAGUCAAACAAUUGAAUUCAAACCUCGGAACGAUUUCGCCCUGUGCAAGACACUCUGGGACUUGUAGUUCCUCUCUGUGUAUCGGACUCGCCGGGACUGACAGCUGCCGGAAGUGAGGCUGCGGGGAAUGGCCGCCGCUGCGACCAUGGCGCUGCCCCCGGCUGCCGCCCGGGAGCUAGUGUUGCGGGCUGGAGCCUCAGAUAUGGAGGAGGAAGAGGGCCCGCUGGGUGUUGGUCCUGGGCUCCAGGAGCCACUGCAGCUCGGGGAGUUGGAUAUCACCUCCGAUGAGUUCAUCCUGGAUGAAGUGGAUGUUCACAUUCAGGCAAAUCUGGAAGAUGAGUUAGUAAAGGAAGCUCUUAAGACGGGUGUGGAUCUUCGUCACUAUUCAAAGCAAGUUGAGCUGGAGCUACAGCAAAUUGAGCAGAAGUCCAUCCGGGAUUAUAUCCAAGAGAGUGAGAACAUAGCGUCUCUGCACAAUCAGAUCACAGCCUGCGAUGCUGUCCUGGAACGCAUGGAGCAGAUGUUGGGAGCUUUUCAGAGUGACCUCAGCUCCAUCAGCUCUGAGAUCCGGACGCUGCAGGAGCAGUCAGGAGCCAUGAACAUUCGACUUCGAAACCGCCAGGCAGUUCGGGGGAAACUUGGGGAGCUUGUUGAUGGUCUGGUGGUGCCCUCUGCUCUGGUCACGGCAAUUCUGGAGGCCCCCGUGACUGAGCCCAGGUUCCUGGAGCAGUUGCAGGAGCUGGAUGCCAAAGCAGCUGCAGUCAGGGAGCAGGAAGCUAGAGGCACGGCAGCCUGCGCAGACGUCAGGGGCGUGCUCGACCGGCUCCGGGUCAAGGCAGUGACAAAGAUCCGAGAGUUCAUCCUCCAGAAGAUUUACUCCUUCAGAAAACCCAUGACCAACUACCAGAUUCCCCAGACAGCUCUGCUGAAGUACAGAUUCUUCUAUCAGUUCCUGCUGGGCAACGAGCGAGCAACCGCCAAGGAGAUCCGCGACGAGUACGUGGAGACGCUGAGCAAGAUCUACCUGUCUUACUACCGCUCCUACCUGGGGCGGCUCAUGAAGGUGCAGUAUGAGGAGGUUGCUGAGAAAGAUGACCUAAUGGGUGUGGAAGAUACGGCAAAGAAAGGAUUCUUCUCGAAGCCAUCCCUCCGCAGCAGGAACACCAUCUUCACCCUAGGGACCCGCGGCUCUGUCAUCUCCCCCACCGAACUCGAGGCCCCCAUCCUGGUGCCUCACACAGCCCAGCGGGGAGAUCAGAGGUACCCAUUCGAGGCCCUCUUCCGCAGCCAGCACUACGCCCUCCUGGACAAUUCCUGCCGUGAAUAUCUUUUCAUCUGUGAGUUUUUUGUUGUGUCGGGCCCUGCCGCACACGACCUGUUCCAUGCCGUCAUGGGCCGCACCCUUAACAUGACCCUGAAACACCUGGAGUCCUAUCUGGCCGACUGCUACGACGCCAUUGCCGUGUUUCUCUGUAUCCACAUCGUCCUCAGGUUCCGCAGCAUUGCAGCCAAGAGGGAUGUCCCUGCCCUGGACAGGUACUGGGAGCAGGUGCUCGCCUUGCUGUGGCCACGGUUUGAGCUGAUCCUGGAGAUGAAUGUCCAGAGCGUCCGCAGCACUGACCCUCAGCGCCUCGGGGGACUGGACACUCGGCCCCACUAUAUCACACGCCGGUAUGCCGAGUUCUCCUCUGCUCUUGUCAGCAUCAACCAGACGAUUCCCAAUGAGCGGACGAUGCAGCUGCUGGGACAGCUCCAGGUGGAGGUGGAGAAUUUCGUCCUCCGAGUGGCAGCCGAGUUCUCCUCAAGGAAGGAGCAGCUUGUGUUUCUGAUCAACAACUAUGACAUGGAGCGGGCUGCAGAUGACAGCAAAGAGGUGGAGAGUUUCCAGCAGCUGCUCAAUGCUCGGACACAGGAAUUCAUUGAAGAGUUGCUGUCUCCCCCUUUUGGGGGCCUGGUGGCAUUUGUGAAGGAGGCUGAGGCUUUGAUUGAACGUGGACAGGCUGAGCGACUUCGAGGGGAAGAAGCUCGGGUAACUCAGCUGAUCCGUGGCUUUGGUAGUUCCUGGAAAUCAUCAGUGGAGUCUCUCAGUCAGGAUGUAAUGAGGAGUUUCACCAACUUCAGAAAUGGAACCAGUAUCAUCCAGGGAGCAUUGACCCAACUGAUCCAGCUCUAUCAUCGCUUCCACCGGGUGCUUUCCCAGCCCCAGCUCCGAGCCCUCCCUGCCCGAGCUGAGCUCAUCAACAUUCACCAUCUUAUGGUGGAGCUCAAGAAGCACAAGCCUAACUUCUGAUGUGCUGGCAUCUGUCCUGUGAUCUGCCAGUACACUCUCUCCAUGGACUUCUGUGCCCCAUCCCAUACCCUUCACCUGAGGUCCCUCUUAAUUUUCUCCUUGCCUCCCAGGCCCAUGACUGCCUCACCCUGCAUUGUCCCCAGGACCCUGCCUUGACAGGAUAAACUGGGUCCCCUUGGCCUUUUGAAUCUCCCAGUGUCUUCAGGUUUCCCAAGACUACCUCCCCCUGGGCUUCCAAAAUAACAUUUUCCCAAUUUCGUCACCAUCCCCCACACACCCAAGGCUCUUUUCUUCUCCCAGUAAAAACCUUCACUGCCUCAAUCUGGUUCAUUCUCCUCUUGUCACCAUAUUCUGAGUCAUAAAGCCUCAACUCCUGGAAUGGGUGGCAAGGGGAAAUUGCUGCCAAGUUAUUGUGUUUUUGUUUUUCAAAGUGAUUUCUUUUCUGUAGCUUUUUGACCUAAGAUCUCGGCAACUUGAACACUAACCCAUUCCCUUUUGGUUUGAGAAUUACUCCACGGUCAGACUGCAGAAAACAAUAAUAAAUAUUUAAUGACAUAA